GACAUAUAAUCAGCGAAGUGUCAGCGCUUGUUUUAGCCGAGUAAAGUUUAAGGACGGACAGUCACUCACGUUUGGGGUCAUAUAUUUUGAGGAUGUGUUGCUAGUGUCGUCGAAAUGUCGAGUUUCUCUAGAUCUGCUCAGCAAUGGGCAACCUUUGCCCGCUCCUGGUUCGUGAUUGAUGCCAGGAUGCAGCCUCCUGGCAAGAUCGCAAGCAUGUGUUCCAUUAGAUUACAGGGGAAACACAAACCCAUUUACCAUGCAAUCAGUGACUGUGGUGACCAUGUCGUAGUAAUAAACACCAAAGAGAUAGCUUUCUCUGGAAACAAAUGGGAGCAGAAGGUCUACUCGUCACACACAGGGUAUCCAGGUGGAUUCAAACAAGUCACAGCUGCCCAGUUGCACCAUAAAGACCCAAAAGCUAUCAUGAAGUUGGCAGUGUACGGCAUGCUGCCUAAGAAUCUACAGCGGCGCACCAUGAUGCAGCGAUUACACAUCUUUGCCGAUGAUGAGCUUCCAGAGGACAUCCAAGCCAACCUGACGGAGGAGCUGCCUCAGCCCAGAAAAAUCCCCAGGAAACUCAGCGAGUACACCCAGGAGGAGAUAGACGCCUUCCCCAGGCUGUGGACACCACCUCAAGACUACAAGAUGAAAUGAAAUCAAAGCUGCCUGACGCGGGCAACACUGAGGAUUUUCACAUUAUUGCUUCACUGAACGCAACGGAUUCCUCAAAUGUAUUCAGCCAUGGUGCAUGACCAAAAUAGUAGUGUGAAAGUCAACGGCUACAUUCAUUGGAUUCAAAAACACAAAAACUGAUUUUCCCUCUUCAGAUUAAUCACAACAACAACACAGAUUUUGUGCAACAGGCAACAGUAUCGGCUUUUUUGCUCCUAAACCGGCAUCAAAUGUCGACUGGACUUGACUAAGUUGUAACACAGACGGCAACAUCAUCAACACAAAGUCUUUGUCACUUGAUUUGGCCUCCACCACAGCAGUCCUGAAUAAUCAGCUUGAAACUUCCUAGCUUUGAUCACAGAAAAUGAGAUUCUGUGGGUUUUUCUGUGAUUAUACAACCAUGAAAUGAUCAGAUCUGGCCCGAAAAAAAUUAAAAAUUGACAUCUAUUUGAGCCGAUUCUGCCUUUGAAGGUUGGUGGCUUUGCAGCAAAAACCAAUUAAUGUGUUACCAUGACAACACUCAGGCGAUCAGUGUGAUUUCUGUAGAAACUGUUCACUUUGGUCGGUACGUCCUGAGCUAUUUGUUUUGUCAGUUUGCUUUAGAUUUUCAUAUUGUCGUCUUUUCAUUUGAAUUGCAAAAUAGACUAAUAAACAAUUUAAUUAA